AAGGAAAUGCCAACCUGCUGCUGGAGCCCAGAACCGCGCCGCGCGCCCUAGGUCCGAGUCUGGCCAUGCAGGCGGAGCCGCCGCUCUACCCUGUGGCUGGGGCCGCCGGGCCUCACGGGGAUGAAGACCGCCUCGGGGUUCCUGACGGGCCAGAGGCUCCGCUGGACGAGCUAGUGGGCGCGUACCCCAACUACAACGAGGAGGAGGAGGAGCGCCGCUACUACCGCCGCAAGCGCCUCGGCGUGGUCAAGAACGUGCUGGCGGCCAGCGCGGGGGGCACGCUCACCUACGGCGUCUACCUGGGCCUCCUGCAGAUGCAGCUGAUCCUGCACUACGACGAGACGUACAGGGAGGUGAAGUAUGGCAACAUGGGGCUGCCGGACAUCGACAGCAAGAUGCUGAUGGGCAUCAACGUGACGCCCAUCGCCGCCCUGCUCUACACACCCGUGCUCAUCAGGUUUUUUGGUACCAAAUGGAUGAUGUUCCUAGCUGUGGGCAUCUACGCCCUCUUUGUGUCUACCAACUACUGGGAACGCUACUACACGCUGGUGCCCUCUGCCGUGGCUCUGGGCAUGGCCAUCGUGCCUCUCUGGGCCUCCAUGGGCAACUACAUCACCAGGAUGUCCCAGAAGUACUAUGAAUACUCCCACUAUAAGGAGCAGGAGGAGCAGGGUCCCCAGCAGCGGCCCCCACGCGGCUCCCAUGCGCCCUACCUCCUGGUCUUCCAGGUCAUCUUCUAUAGCUUCUUUCAUUUGAGCUUUGCAUGUGCCCAGCUGCCCAUGAUUUACUUCCUCAACUACUACCUGUAUGACCUGAACCACACGCUCUCCAACGUCCAUAGCUGCGGCACUAACAGCCAUGGCAUCCUGACCGGCUUCAACAAGACGGUUCUGCGGACGCUGCCGGGCAGCCGAAACCUCAUUGUUGUAGAGAGCGUGCUCAUGGCGGUGGCCUUCUUGGCCAUGCUGCUGGUGCUGGGCCUGUGUGGAGCGGCCUACCGGCCCUCGGAGGAGAUCGACCUGCGCAGCGUGGGCUGGGGCAACAUCUUCCAGCUGCCGUUCAAACACGUGCGUGACUUCCGCUUACGCCACCUGGUGCCCUUCUUUAUCUACAGCGGCUUUGAGGUGCUCUUUGCCUGCACUGGCAUCGGCCUGGGCUACGGCGUGUGUUCCAUAGGGCUGGAGCGGCUGGCCUACCUGCUCAUCGCUUACAGCCUGGGUGCCUCAGCCGCCUCGGUCCUGGGGCUGCUGGGACUGUGGCUGCCUCGCUCUGUGCCCCUCGUGACUGGGGCAGGGCUGCACCUGCUCCUCACCCUUAGCCUCUUUUUCUGGGCCCCAGCGCCUCGGGUCCUCCAGCACAGCUGGACCCUUUACUUCGUGGCUGCCCUCUGGGGUGUGGGCAGUGCCCUCAACAAGACCGGACUUAGCACACUCCUGGGCAUCCUGUAUGAAGACAAAGAGAGGCAGGACUUCAUCUUCACUAUCUAUCACUGGUGGCAGGCCGUGGCCAUCUUUGUUGUGUACCUGGGCUCCAGCCUGCCCAUGAAGCUGUGCUGGAGAUGGGCCCUAGGACUCAUUCUUGCUACUCAUCAACUGUACCUGAAGCUUCUGGUCUGCUCCCAACCCCAGCACAUCAUUUUAGCCAAGCUAGUAGUGUUGCUGGUCACCCUGCUAACAGCAGCUACCUCCUACCUGUGGAUGGAACAGAAGCUGCAGCAAGGGCUGCUCCCGAGACAGCCACGCAUCCCGAAGCCACAGCACAAAGUGCGCGGCUACCGCUACCUGGAGGAGGACAACUCCGACGAGAGUGAAGCAGAGGCCGAGCAGGGUCAGGGGGACUGCUCGGAGGAGGACGCACCCAAGGGGGGCUCCCUCAGUGAGGAGCCGGCUGGUUCCUGCCGCAGGCCCUGUCCCUACGAACAGGCUCUGGGUGGUGAUGGGCCUGAGGAGCAGUAAGGGGUCCCAGGAGGCUAGCCUGACCCUCAGACUCAGCUUUCCAGCUUCGCAGCCCCAGCUUACUGUGUCUCAGGUCGAGGAUCCCUCCUGAGUCACGCGCCGUAGGCCAGAGGGCAUUCUUUCCCCUCCCAGGGCCUGGGGUCACCUGGAACUUCUUCCGGGGAGAUGAGGGUCACCCCCCAGAACCCCUAUUCCUGUUCAAGGGGUACCUCUACCUAAAUCAGGUAGAUCCCCUUCCAGCAUGCCUCGGGCCACUCCCUGCCUCUGUCUACGGUGUGACAGCUUUUGACUGGAGUUUGCCUCUCUUGCCCACAGGUUCCCCCACUGCAGAGCAGGGGGCCUAAUCGUUUUUGAUAGGAAAUAAUAAAGAGUUUUGUAUUUCCUGGA